UUCUUCUGCCACUCCUGGUGCUGCUUGUGUGCUCUUUUGAUGUGGACCUGACACCUCUUUAGUGAAUCGGCAGCUGAGGAGAAUCUGGCGCUCGCCAUGGCUGAUGAAAAGCCCAAGGAAGGAGUCAAGACUGACAACAAUGAUCAUAUUAAUUUGAAGGUGGCGGGGCAGGACCGUUCUGUGGUGCAGUUUAAGAUUAAGAGUCAUACACCACUUAGUAAACUAUUGAAAGCCUAUUGUGAACGACAGGGUAUGUCAAUGAGGCAGAUCAGAUUCCAAUUUGAUGGGCAGCCAAUCAAUGAAACAGACACACCUGCACAGUUGGAAAUGGAGGCUGAAGAUACAAUUGGUGUGUUCCAGCAGCUGACAGGAGGUGUCUGCUAAAAAGGGAACCUGCUACUUUACUCCAGAAUUCUGUUCCUCCAGACCAAGAAGACAUUCUCAAUUAGAAAACCGCAAUUUGGUUCCACCACAUCUUGACUACUACAGUAUAGUUUUCUCUAUUCUUUCAUUUUCCCCUUCCCCCUUCCUUUA